GAUUUUAAGCUCUCCUACAGAUAUUUUGUUAGUAAACAAUGUGAAUGGUUCCUAAAAUGUGUUCAAAGAAUUUAAUACGAUUUGUGCAUCAAGUGAUAAAUUGGACAUGUCAUUGGAACCGAUGUAUUUCAUUCAGAGAUACGCAUGAUAAUUUUACUAAUAGUGCUGCUACUUUAUUCCAAAUCUAAAAUUGUCUUAACCUAUUAACAUUCAGUAGCAACAUACUCAUGCAUGUGUUUCAACAAUACCCAUGGUAAUAUUAUAUCUGUUCUUGUUCCAGUGCCUUGUUCUGGAGGCAUUGCUUCCGUACCAGCUGACAUGUUGCAAUCAGACACUCCUGCACAACAGUAUGACCAUUGUAAAUUGAAGCCAGAUGACACCAGUUCUUUAACAGAUGUCACUGUUUAUGAGAUUGUUAGUGUAAAUGUGUGGCCUUCAAGCACAACCACUGCUACAAUACUUCAGAAUCCUGUGAAUAAUGGAACUGCAGAUAAUGACAAUUCCAUCAGCUUCCCUCGGAAGCGAAAGAUUAAAAGGCCUUUUUCUCCAGAAAUUCAUGCAGGAGGCAAAAGAUUAAUUGAGAAAAGGAAAGGAGUAAGGAAGCAAAAAGGACUUCAGACAACAGAAGUUACAAAUAUUCCUGAUGUGGGACCAAAUGGAAAACCAUUUUCCUGUGAAAAGUGUCAUUCACCAUUCAUUGUCAAUCCAGCAAGGAUCCAUAGGCUAGACCCACGAAGGAAAUAUAGACCACGGAAGAUCACCGAUGUGGUAACAAAGCAAGUUCUUCUGCUCUGCAAUGCCUGUGGCCUUUCAAUGUCUAGAUCAAGAAAGGAGAGACAUAAAAAGGAACCUCCAACACAAGAAGAAAAAGACGCUUACUUGAAGAAAGCAGCUGAAUUUGCAGCAUCGUUGGCUGCAUCACUCCAAGAUCUUGAUGCCUGUCGCCUUUACUGUCCAGCAUUUAAAUCGUCAGCUUGUCGGUGUUUACAGAAGUACAUCUCAGCAGAUGGUAGGAGUGAAGAAGGGUCUAAUGAAAGAGCCUUGCAUUUACUGGCACUUCUCAAGGAGGCUCGGCAGUUGACAAAACAGAAGAUUGCCUCGCAAACCAUUGAGAUUAACACGGAACCCGGAGCAAGGUCCGAGACCGAGAAUGAAGGAAAGCAAAGGCCUCAAGUUCCCAGAGGACUAAAGAAGCGCAGAAGUAAGGAAUACGAGGAAUUUGUUCUUAAAAAUAGGCAGUAUCUGCGUGAGGAGCUUCAUUUGUGUGAAAGAGCUUCACAAAGAGUUCUGAUGUACUCAAAUAAUUUCUUGCAUAAGAAACUGAAAACAUCACCCAGCAGCAGGGGCUGCCGUGUGGACAGGGUCAAUGGUAAAAAUGCUCGAGGCUUGCUGAAGCCAGUGUCGCAACUGGCAAAUGAGACGUGCUGCAGUGACAGAUGUGUAACAAUGGUGCUGACCCAUUCCAAGCUAUUAGAAACAUGGCGGGCCAGGGUAAAAUUGGGGCAGCGUGAGGCAAGGCGGGUGUUGGCAGAGAUGUUAACUCCAUCAGGAGGUUCCAAAGCCAACUGCUACAAAUUCAUUUCCAUGGUGACAGGUUGCAGUUAUGCAACGAUAUGUCUGGUCAGCGACCAGAUGAGGAGGACGCAAGGCGAACGAGAGCCUCCAGACCAUGGUUUGAAGAAAUGGUGGCGUGAUCACCCAACGGACAAUAAGAAGAAGGAGAAACAGAAAGUGUGCAAUAAAUCAAGCAAGGUGGACAACAGCGAUGAAGAUGAUCCUCAAGCCUUGUCUGAUAUUGCCAGUAUUCAGCUUCCAGACAGAGAAGAUCUGGAUUCUCUGAGCCCACAAGAAGUUUCCAGCCAUUUGCAGAAACUGCUUGAUAUACAAAAACAACUUUUAGCACAGCAAGCUCAAGUGCAGCAGCACCUGAAGGAGGUCAGAUUGAAGAUGAACAAGGCUCAACAGGUUCACUCUGCCGAGUCAGCCAAGAACAUGGGAACAGAUGCAGCUGAUGGUGCGGGGGUGGUGACACAAACUGGUGACCAACAGGUAUUGCGUGUCCUGGAACUGCCCACGCCACCACCAUCAGUCAUCACGGAGAACAUCCACCCGCAGCCCAGUAUCUCGGUGAUGACUUCGACUGGAGAUUUUGAGCCCCUGACUGCUAUCAGUGUGAGAGGGCAGACAACUUUCAGUAACAUUGUUAUUCUACCGGAGUCGGCACUUGCAGCUGGUAGUGCCGCACAAGGGACAUCUGUGAUAAGCUACAGUCCUCCUACGGAAGCAGCAGAAACCAUGAUUCCGGGCAUCUCGUCCCAAGACUUGCAGUCUGGUGCCACAGUCGAGUCAAUGCCUUUUGCCACCAAAAGUAAUUCAACUGCGGUCAACACAUUCCAGCUGUAUGGAGUUAUGGAUACCACUACACCUAAUUUGUUGCACUUCAAUUACUAGCGUAGAACAAGGAACGAUUAGAAACGUGACUUGCUGAAAUUGUCUCAUUUGUACAUUAUAUAUCAUAAAUGAUCUAAUAAAAAUAGAUUUUGUUAAGAAA